UGAACCGACCGGACGUGUCAUCUCAUUGUCUGUUCGUGCUGGCGGAGUUCUUCCGCCAGGCGAUGUUCAGUACCGGGAUGAUAUUGGUUGUGAAGGGAACAGCGGAUGACCCUUUGGACCGCGUCCCUCCACAAGAUUGCCUUACCCUGAUGGACGGGAUGUUUGUUCCCAUCCUAGUACCUAUCUUUGUCCGUGGUUUCACUGGUGGACCGGAGCAAGUGAAGCUCAGGGUGGAGUCUGGCAGACCCGUAUUCUUUGGAAUAGGAGGUCAAAUCGCGGAUAUGUCCGCGACACAGUUAUCGGGAGUCAGAGCUAUUCCUAUGGACCGACUGUUAGUCGAGUCGGACAGUCCUGAUUUUCCUUGUGGGGUUGAAGCGCCGAUGGGCCCCAGGCACAUCGGAGAAGUGUACCGUCGAAUCGCCGCAGCGAGGGGACAGGACGUCGCCUUGCUAGCGGGUCUUGUCUUCAGGAACUUUAGAGUGUUCUUUGGACCCCAGUUGAGGGGAUUCUUAUAAACUAGUGCUGUUAUAGCCGGGACGUAUAGCCCGAAUUACUUACCUGAGUUUACCUGAAUCGGGAGCAGAUAGUUCUGAUGUCUUAGCCGCACUAUAGAUGUCGCCUUAGAUGUACUAAGCAGAGCCUAUCCAGAUGUAUCAACGUUGGACCACUUGGUAGACGACAUGAGUAGGAUGGUAACAACGAGGGACCUCGUGGUGUUCCGAGACGACGCGGAGGAUGAGUGACUGUGUGAUAUGAAGUGUUAAAUCUGUGAUUUUUAUUAUUAUAGAGACAUUAAUGUUUAAAGCUUUAUUAUUGUGUGAAUGCAUGUGUAUGUAUGUGAGAUAGGCCCUGUUAGGUGUUAACUUUUAUUGAUUGUACAUCUUAGUUGUUCCAUUGUAUAUAUAGUACGGGCUGGGACGCCCUGUUAUAAAAUGGGGAGGAGUGUAGUGGUCCUGGAGGAGCCGGGGACGAAUUCCCCGGUAGCCUCCGAUCACGUGUCCAGCAAUGAUGCGGACUAUGACGUAACCCUCUCUCUCUCUUGUGCUGAUUGUUGAACCGACCGGACGUGUCAUCUCAUUGUCUGUAAGCCACUGUAU